AUGCCUAAAUCAAAGGAACUUGUUUCUUCAAACUCUUCUGGCAGUUAUUCUGACAGUGAAGUUGACAAGAAGUUAAAGAGGAAAAAGCAAGUUGCUCCAGAAAAACCUGUAAGGAAGCAAAAGACUGGUGAAACUUCUAGAGCUCUGUCAUCUUCCAAACAGAGCAGCAGCAGCAGAGACGGUAACAUGUUUCAAGUUGGGAAAACGAGAUAUGUCAGUGUUCGGGAUUUUAAAGGGAAAGUUCUGAUUGAUCUCAGAGAAUAUUGGAUGGAUCCAGAAGGUGAAAUGAAACCAGGAAGAAAAGGUAUUUUUUUAAACCUGGAGCAAUGGAGCCAGCUAAAGGAACACAUUUCUGACACUGAUGAUGCAGUAAGAAAACUAUAA